AGCAAACAGAAGUGAGAAAGCCAACAUCAUUCAAGUGUAAAAACUGCUAAAGAGCGAAGAUGGGUCAGGAUUACUACAGCAUCCUGGGCAUUAUUAGAAAUGCAACAGACGCGGAUAUUAAAAAAGCGUACAGAAAAUUAGCCCUAAAGUAUCAUCCAGACAAAACUACAGAUCCCUGUGCAGAUGAAAAGUUCUUACAGAUUGCAGAAGCCUAUGAUGUUCUGAGUGAUUUAAGGAAAAAAGCUACUUAUGACAAAUUUGGUGAAGAGGGCUUGAAGGGAGGCAUUCCUUCUGAAUUUGGUGAAACAGGAGCUUGGACAACAGGAUAUACCUUUCACGGCAAUGCCAACAAAAUCUUCAGAGAUUUCUUUGGUGGAGAUAAUCCAUUUGCAGAUUUUUUUGACACAAAAGCAGAGAUAAAUCUGGGAUUUGGAGGAUUACGAGGACGUGGAGUUAAGAAACAGGAUCCUCCUAUUGAACGGGAGUUGCAUUUAUCUUUGGAAGAUUUGUAUCAUGGAUGUUUGAAAAAGAUCAAAAUCUCACGCAGGGUUAUGAAUGAAGAUGGCCACACUUCAAGCAUUAAGGAUAAGAUUCUAACCAUUCAAGUUAAACCAGGCUGGUUGUCAGGAACCAAAAUCACAUUCCCAAAUGAAGGAGACCAGGGUCCAAAUAAUAUUCCGUCAGACAUAAUAUUUGUUGUGAAAGACAAACCACACCCAUGGUUCUGCCGUGACAAAAAUGAUCUCAUUUACAAUGCUCCUAUAGAGUUGGCAAAGGCUUUAACAGGUUACACUGUGGAAAUUGAGACUCUAGAUGACAGGUUUCUCAGUAUUCCAAUCAAUGACAUUGUCCAUCCUAAAUACACCAAGGUAGUCCCAGGAGAAGGAAUGCCUUUAUCCAAAGAUCCAUUAAAAAAAGGAAAUCUCAUCAUCCAGUUUGAUAUCAAAUUUCCAGAUAAACUCACACCGGCAAAAAAGAAACUGAUUAAUCGAGCAUUACAAGUUUAAAGGUCAACAUGGCAAGAAGAACAGUUAUUUGCAUGUCAGUACAGGGAGAAAUGUUUAUCCAUUCUUAAGUAUUGAUAUGUAGAUGAAUAAUUAUAUUAUACCACUAAAUUACGAUGUGUAUUUAUAAAUUUUAAGCAAAAUUAUUACCAAAACAAAGUUUCCUAUUUGUUUAUAGUUUGUAAAUUUUUCCUCCAAGUAAUAAUGUCAAAUAACUGAGGAUUGCAAAGCACAUUUCAUACUGCGUGCCUUUGGAUGAAUUGACAAUGUGUUCAUGUUCAGUGAAUAUUUCACUGGAUCUUGUUGGAAAGUGCUCGUUCUUCUGAGAAGAGACUGAUCAUUAUGAACUCUUCAGUGGCCAUUGAAAACGAUGGUAGGCUCAUAAUAAUUUUCUCUCAAUCCCCAUUUUGCCCAUAUAACACAAUUUCUUCUGAUUUACAGACUACACCUUGUGUAUCUCAUGUUUCUAACCCCUUUCACACCAGCCCAACCACUAUCACCAUCCUUGACCUAUCUUUCUUGUCCUUAAGUCUUUUGAGAUUGUCACUUGACCAGGGAUCAGUGUCUACGUAAAUGAAUAAAGCUGAAGACAUCCUGGACUUGACCUCACACACGCACAGACUUAGAAACUGAAACUUUUGUAGUUAGUUAGAAGUGGGAUAUACAGCAGUGAGUCACCAGUCACAAGUGGUCCAAAUGUCAAUUCUGCAGAGGGAGCAAUUGCUAAUUCCAGUGCAGAGAAUUCAGGUGAAGUCUUGGAUGAAACCCUAGGUUGUAGGAGACAGGUACCUGAGCGACUGUCAGGAGAAGGAAAGGGAUGAGGCAGAAUGUGCAGAGUACCCUGUGGCCAUUCCCUUCAAUAAUUAGUAUAUUGCUUUGGAUACUGUUGGAGGAGCGAACUAGGGAGAAGUCGCAGCGAGCGUGUCUCUGCCACUGAGUCUGGAUCUGUGGCUCUGAAGGGAAGGGAAGGAAAGAGGUGAGCUGGAGUGAUAGGGGAUUCAUUGGUUAGAGGAACAGAAAGGAGGUACUGUGGAUGAGAAUGAGAUUCCCAGAUGGUUUGUUACCUCCUGGGUGCCAGGGUCAGAGAAACUUCAGAUCAAGUCCAAGGAGGUUGAGCAACCAAAGGCUGUGGUUGACGUUGGUACCAAUGAUAUUGGUAGGAUGGGUGACAAGGACCUCCAAAGUGACUUUAGGAAGUUAGGUGCAAAGUUUAAGGAUAGGACCUCCAGGGUUUGAAUUCAGGAUUGCUACCCAUGCCAUGUGCUAGUGAGGCCAGAAAUAGGAAGAUCAUACAGUUUAGCACUUGACUAAGGAGUUGGUGCAAGAGGGAGGCCUUCUAAUUUUGGGUUCAGUGGGCUCUCUUCCAGGA